AUAAUUCAAUCUACAAUCGAUUUUUUCAACCGAUCGUCCAACAAGAGACAAGUUCCUCUGAAAACGCAAUGCCGAACCCGCCACCGAAGGAAGACACCUGGGCGUUUCAACCAAUUGGAGCCCCAUUCCCACCGAGUCCUGUGAAAUGUAUGGGAGAACAGAAUAUGUAUGUUGCUCUUUGGUACAAGCACGGUAAACCAAUCCACGGUCGCUCAUGGAACAAUGGAGGAGUUGUUGAAUGUUCAUUCCCAUAUAAGCAAGCUGAAUUGACAACCAAGCAACAACUGGAAGGACAGAUCCAGGUUCUUCAAUACGUAGGAGACCAUAACAAUCAAGGUUUCUGGUACGAAUGGAUUAAGUACAAGGAUCGUAUUGAGAAGAUUGACGAUAAACAUCAACUUGUGCGUUGUGGUGAUUCAUUCCCAAUCUUCUGGAAGCGUGCCGAAGGAAAUCUUCUUGGUUAUGUCGACAACAAGACUGAGGAGGCUUGGUUCUCGUUCAAUGGAAAAGUGCUGAAACAAGUUGGACCACAACUCAAUGACAUGUACAUCAUCACCCGUAACUGCAUUGGUGGGCCACCAUCUUGUGAUUGUGCCAACUGUGGAAGUGGACCAAAGGUUCGUGUCGAGAGAGAUGAAUGGAUGGACAUUCGUGAGGGUGAUGCAUGGCCAACUCGUCAACUUGUCAAGGCUCUUGAUAAGACUCUUGAUACUUUGCCAGGUGUCAAUCCAGAUCAAUACGUUGCACUUUGGUACAUGCAGGGAGAACCUGUCAUGGGUCGUGUAUGGAAUGAGGGUGGAAAGGUGGCUGCCAACUUCUCGUGGUUCAAUAACGAAUACACCAAGAAUGUUGGAUCUAUCCAACUUCUCGUUCAUCUGCCUGAUAACCUUCGUGGUUUCGAUUAUGGAUGGAUUUCGUUCCCAGAAGCUGCCAAAUUCGGAGACAAAGAAUGGCAUCCAGUUCAUGUGAACAACCACAAGGGUGACAUCUCAGUGGGAGUUGUCAAUGUUUCUGGAGGAAAGCAAAUUUUGGCAAAGGUCGAUGUUCGUAAUGAAAAGUACGGAUAUGGUUAUCAAGGAAAAGAGCAUACUGCUUCUGCAAAAUCUUGUGCUGACAAUACUACUGUCUUGUGCCGUAAGGCUAAACCAGGAUGCAAGUUGGAUGGUUAAUUCUGUCCAUUCCGAACUGUAUUGAAUAUGUGUUUAUUGAUAAAAAGAUAUUUUCUU